UUUCCUCAAUCAUAUUACUUUCCUGUGUGAAUGUGAUUUCUAAAAAAAUGAAACAGUUAAAACUUAUAGGUUUUGUUAUUUUCUUGUUUUUUUUGACUGAAUCCCUAAACUUGCCCACAAAGCCUCAAGAUGUAGAUUUUAGUACUACCCAGAAAUUUAUAGAGGAGAAUGCUGGACAUAUUGCCAUCAUUGCAUUUGCUCAAUAUAUUCAGGAGGCAUCGUUUGAGGAAGCAGAAAUGUUGGCCAAAGCCAUGACAGAAUACAAAGACCGAUGCCUGGCCAACAGCACACUCUCCCAGUGUUUAAAAUUACCUCAAGAUGUUUUACUGGAAACAAUAUGUGCUAUGGAGGGGCUGCCAGAAAAGCAUAAUUUUUCACACUGCUGCAGUAAGGUUAACGAUGAAAGGAGACUCUGUUUCUUCCGUAAUAAGAAAGCUGAUGUAGGAUUCCUUCCGCCUCUCCCUACUCUGGAUCCUGAAGUGAAAUGUCAAGCUUAUAAAAAUAACAGUGAAUCUUUUCUAAGCAAUUAUAUCUAUGAAGUUUCCAGAAGGAGUCCCUUUGUUUUUGCCCCUACACUUCUUAGAGUCCUUGAUCUGAUUGAGGAGAUGACUGAAACAUGUUGUGAAGAACAAGACAAGGCUGACUGCUUUCGAACAAGGGCAGAAGCUGUCAUUCGAUAUUUAAAAGGAUUAUCUUCUUAUCAAAAAAAUGUGUGUGGGGCAUAUUUGAAAUUUGGACCACAAGUUUUAAACUCUAUAUACAUUGUUAUCCUUAGUCACAAAUUCCCCAAGAUUGAAUUUAAGGAACUUACUUCCCUCCUCGAAGACAUUUCCUCCAAGUAUGCUGUGUGCUGUGAAGGGGAUGCUGUGCAGUGCAUCCGUGGCAGGAGCAAAGUUAUGAGCCAUAUUUGUUCAAAACAAGAUUCCAUCUCCAACAAAAUUAAAAAAUGCUGUGAAAAGCAAAUACCAGAACGUGGCGAGUGCAUAAUUAACUCGAAUAAAGAUGACAGACCAGACGAUUUAUCUCUAAGAGAAGCAAAAUUUACCGAAAAUGAACAUCUGUGUGAAGAACGAAAUGCUGACCAAGAAAUCUUCAUGGCUAAAUUUCUUUAUGAAUACUCGAGGAGACAUCUGGAACUGUCUACCCCACAGCUCCUAAGAAUUGCUAGCGUGUACAAUGAGCUCCUGGAAGAGUGCUGCAAUGCGGAAAACCCCCCAGACUGCUACCGUAACGCGGAAAGCAAAUUCAAUGAGACAACUGAGAAAAGCCUCCAGACAGUACAAAGGGAAUGUGAACAUUUCCGGAGGUUGGGGGAGGACGACUUGAAAUACCACUACUUGAUCAAAUUCACGAAGAUAGCCCCUCAGCUAUCCACUGAUGAAGUGACUUUCCUUGGAGAGGAAAUGGUGACAGCUUUGACCACCUGCUGCACACUGAGUGAAGAGUUUGCCUGCGUCGAUAACUUGGCAGAUUUAGUUGUUGGAGAGAUAUGUGGAGUAAAUGAAAACCGAACCAUCAACCCCGCUGUGGAUCACUGCUGUAAGGCCAGCUUUGCCUUCCGAAGGCCCUGCUUUGAGGCCUUGGGAGCCGAUAAAACCUCUGUGCCUCCAUCUGCCUCCCAAGGUUUAUUUGCCUUUGACACAGACUUGUGUCAGGCUCAUAACGAGGAGCUCCAGAGAAAGAAAGACAGGUUUCUGGUCAACUUAGUGAAGCUGAAGCCUGAACUUACAGAUGAGGCGCUGCGGUCGCUGCUUACGGAUUUCACUAACCUUGUGGACAAGUGCUGCCAAGCAGAGGGGCCCCAAGCCUGCUUUAAUGAAGAGGUUCCAGGACUGGCAGCCAAAAGCCUGGUUUCUUGAAAAACAUAAAGUAAAAACUGCCAAAGGUUGUGAAGAAAAAAGAAAAAGACCCACUUACCUACUUCCAACUGUCCUGUGGUGAAUUUCAUUUUCUGAGACAAACACAGUAAAAAGAUUCUACUGGAACCUUUGCCAGAAAUCAUGUUAUUGCAGCAAGCAAUAAACAAUAAAAUUGUAAA